GCACCGCAAACAAAUUACAAGGAAGAUCCAUUGUGCGUCUGACGCAAUUCAAAUCGGAUCUUGCAUUUAUUCGAAAUAACUUCUUAGAUUCCGACAAAAACGGGAAAGUACGGCUUUAUAUAAAGUUUCAGAGUAUAUAAGCAGAAUUGACGCUAAGGACGUGGACAGUGACCGCGAACAUGGGACGCGAAAUACCCGACCCUAAACUGAUGCCUGGCGGUAACUACAUCAAAAUAGGCAGGGAUUCGGCUAAGAGCACGUACCUGUUGUUCGCGCCUUCCGCCGAAGAGGUCGGCGUCCUCGCAAAAUACCUCAGCAUCUUCCAGAACCACGGCGUCAACCUGCUCCACAUAGAGUCCCGGCCGUCGACAAAAAUGCCCGACCUUUACGAGUUUAUGGUCGAAUGCGCACCUACCGGCAACAUCGGAGACGCCAUACAGGAUAUAAAAAACUCUAGCCAGUAUCUGCAGAUUAUUUCCAGAGACUACAAAGACAACGAAGAUACGGUGCCGUGGUUCCCCAGGCGUAUAAGGGACCUGGAUCGAUUCGCCAACCAAAUCCUGUCGUACGGAGCGGAAUUGGACGCUGACCAUCCGGGAUUCACGGAUCCAGUGUACAGAGAGAGGCGAAAAUACUUCGCCGACAUAGCGUAUCACUAUAAGCACGGUCAAAAACUCCCGCACGUGGACUACACUCAGGAAGAAAUCGACACGUGGGGCAAGGUUUAUCGGCAACUUAUUGCGCUGUACCCCAAGUAUGCGUGCAAAGAGCACAACCACGUGUUUCCGCUGCUUCAGGAGAACUGCGGGUACCGCGAGGACAACAUACCGCAGCUGGAGGACGUGUCGAACUUUUUAAAGGAUUGCACGGGAUUCACGCUGCGUCCGGUCGCCGGGUUGCUUUCCUCCAGAGAUUUCCUCGCCGGCCUCGCCUUCAGGGUGUUCCAUUCCACGCAAUACAUCCGGCACCCGAGCAAGCCGUAUUACACUCCCGAACCCGAUGUUUGUCACGAAUUGUUGGGCCACGCCCCCCUUUUCGCGGAUCCCGCGUUCGCUCAAUUCUCACAGGAGAUCGGGCUCGCCUCUCUGGGUGCCCCUGACGAGUACAUCGAGAAGUUGGCUACGUGUUUCUGGUUCACUGUCGAGUUCGGAUUAUGUCGGGAAAAGGACGGAUUGAAGGCCUACGGCGCGGGGCUCCUGUCAUCAUUCGGUGAGCUCCGGCACGCCCUCAGCGAUAAACCGGAAUACAGGGCGUUCGAGCCGCCCAAAACGGCCGUUCAAAAGUAUCCCAUCACGGAAUACCAGCCCGUUUACUACGUGGCUGAGAGUUUCGAGGACGCCAAAGAAAGAAUGAUAAAAUAUGCUUUGACCAUUCCAAAAUCGUUUGGGGUGCGAUACAACGCCUACACGCAGAGCAUAGAGGUACUGGACUCGAAGCCCCAGAUCGAGAGGUUGGUCAGCACCAUCGGUUCCGAGAUGACGAUACUGAUAAAUUCCUUGAAGAAGCUUUGACGCCAUGUGG